CAUGUCCACCCAGGAGCUCUUUGUUGCUGCAGCUCGUAAAUGGCUGUUUGCUGGUAGAAAACCUCUGUCCAUCCCUCAGAGUCUGGACUUGGCUGCUCAGGUCUCGGCUGUUGAUUUGGGAUUGAAACCAGCUUUACUGUAUGAUAGCAACAGUGCCAGUGCAGAACAGGUGCAGCAGUAUUUGAGCUCUUUGCAGUCCUCCCAGCUGGUGUCUAAAUCACUUCUCACGCUGGAUUUAAAUGGAAACGCUCUUGUCAUUAAUCCAGUAGCAGUCAGAUCAAAUGUAGAACAGCUGUUUCAUGAUCGCAACGUGGCUGUGAUUGAUGUCUGCCACUCACUGGAGAAGCCCAAAAUCACUGAUCCACUGAGAGGAGAGCUGAGGAGCAUGACACACGAUGUACUGCUUCUCCUGAGAGGGUUGGAACAAAUGAAGGAGGCUGAGAAACCUCAUUACGUUGGAGAGAAAGCAGAGGACUGGAACCUGUGCACAGUGUUUGGUCUUUUAUUGGGUUACCCUGUCACUUACUGGUUUGAUCAGACCGAGAGCUUUGAAAACUGCCUGGCUAUGACUCCCCUGAUGGUGACUACAGCUUCAGCUACAUGGCAGGCGGACUCCGAAGGUCACAUAUGUCGUCUGUACUCCUUCAGUGUCCCAGCUGAUCUGCUUCAAGAGGCACAGUCCACCCUGGAAAACUGGAGGCUUUGUUUACAAGAAAGAUUUCAGCAACAAAAUGUCUUUAAGGAUCUUACAGUUUGUCAGUCUACAGUCACUCUGCCCUCAGUCUGUUUGUGAUAAGUUUGUUUUUACAAUAAACUGUCAGAGAAUA